AAUUUUUGAUGACGUAGAAAACAAGCGACGUCAGCAUCAAUCUUAUGGUAGAAGAAAUUACAGCGUUCAAAGUGCUGUCAUACUCAUAGAUCUAUCUCACAUAUUUUUGACAUUUUAUUGUAGACAUUCACACAUUAUUUAUUGAUAUAAGAUGGAUUUAGCAGAAUUGGUGUCUCCGAGUGUAGCUAUGCCUGUGAUAGGCGUUGUCGUAUGCGCUAUAAUGGUUUUUGCAUUUGGUUUUCGAUCACCUGUUCAACCACCAAGUUUUAAUUUUGAAGAAGACGGCGAAAAGAAAAAUAAAAGAAAAAUUAAGCAAACGAAGCCAAAGAGUUCACUGAAUGGACAUAUCAUAAAUGAACCUUUAGCAGAAGAAGUUCCCAAGUCUGUUAACAAAUCUCCUAAAGUAGUGAAAGCUAAGAAUGAAACACCGAAAGCGUCUUCCAAAAAAGAAGUAAAGCAGGAAACAAAAUCAGACAAAAAAGAAAAAUUGCAGCCUGGCAAGAAGCAGCAAGAGAAAGAAGAAAUAGUUAAAAAAGAAAAAGUGCCAGUGAAGAAAGAGACUGAGGAUGAUGGUGAAUGGACAACUAUACUUGUGUCAAAAAAAAGUAAAAAACAGAAGCCAGCAAAGAAAGAUGGUGGGCGUGCCGAGUCUGAUCCUGAGAAUGAGACAGAAACUGUCCCGGUUCCAGUUCCUGAAGUAGUCGUGCCAGUAUCUUCAGUACAAGUUCUCAAGGCUGAGGAAUCUAAUGUUGCUGUGACAGAUAAGACAAAGAAAAAGAAAAAGGAAAAAAUAAUUGAGAAAAGCAAAGAAGAGGAAAAAGAGGUAACUAAUUUGGCUGUAGAGAAGCCUGUGGAAAAGCCGGUAGUUAAAGAAACUUCACAAGCAGAGGACCAACAAGAAAUCAAGAAGAAGAAAGGAAAGAAAGACAAGAAAACUGUUGCCCCCGCUCUGGAGAAUCCACCACAAGAAGUUGCACCACCUGCAAGUAAACCUGCCAAAAAAGAACCCAAGACAGCAAAAAGCCUUACAGAUGCUGCCCCACCCAGUUCUGAUCAGGCCAAGGCAUCUUCAGCUGCCAAGAAAUCUAAAUCUCCAGUUUCUACCGAUUCGGAAUCUCUACCAAAACCAGAAGUUUCUUCUGCCCCAGUUGAGGCAGAACCUGCCAAAAUUAGUCCACCAAGUGCUAAAAAAGGCAAAACCAGUGCUCCACCAGCAGCUACUCCUGCUGCUACUGAAUCUACAAAAGCAAGUCCUAAAAAGAAGAAAGGAAAAACUGCUGAGAAUGUUCAGGAAGACAAAUCAGAGAAAGCCAUUGAUAUUCAAAUCAAGACUGUUGAAACUAAAAGUACUGUGAAAACUGUUGAAAAGAAAGCGGAAAAAAAGAAGACAGAAGAGACCAAACUUGCAGCACCUAAAACUGAAUUGGUUGAGCUGGUCUCUGAGCCUCAAAAAGUUGAGUCUGCACCACUUCCAGCUGAAGUCCCCACAUCUACAUCUAAUAUAUCUUUUGAUGAAGUUGGAGAUUCUUGGCAAGAGGCAGCACCCAAGAGCAAGAAGAAGAAACCAAGGAGAGACAACUAAUGCAAGCAGUGUCAUUGUUGGUGUCAAAACGAAAGCAGCAUUCCUUUCAUGUUACAUUAGAUCCAUACCAUGUGCCCCAUUUACAUGACAGCAUUCAUCCCACAAUAUGGAAUGUGGAUACAUUCAGGCUGAUAACGACACGAUACGAUGUAGGGCUGCUACAGUGUUUAUCCAGGGCCUGUGUAGUAGAAUUAAAAUGUAACUGCUGGUUUCAGUUUGGCUUCCAAAAUCUGCUUGAUAAAGACUUGGGUUCUGUCAAAGGAUACAAAAAAAAAAUGUUAAUAUCCAUUUUUCUUUUUAGGGCAUUUCAAAUGUAAUUUUGGAUCACUAGUUCUAAACAUUUAAACCACUGAAAAUAAUAAGAGAUGUUCAUCUGGAUUUGAAAGCAAGCAUCAAGGCACAUUGGUAAAGUUUGUCUUUCUUCCAGACUUGUUGAUGAUUCUCAACGCUAAAAGUGGGAUUUCUCACAGCCACACUUGAUUCGGAUAACACUAAAUCAAAUGUUACAAAGUUUGUGUUGACAUGGGUUCAUUGUACUACAGACUUAUCAGGACGUUGUGUGUUGUUCUGACAUUUCAUGGUGACAGAUGUGAGCAGCAUUGAUGUGAGGCUUUUGACCAAAUUCAUUGAUGAUAAUAUCUGUAGUCUUGUGAUAUAUAAUAAACUUGUCUUUUGAUUGACUAUUAAGAGAUGUAAUGUCAUCCUCCUCGUUGUAGUUUUCAACUAAUUUUUAAACAAAAAUUCUAGUCAUUUAUCACAUAAAUUCAUGGCUGAGUUUUAUUGUAAAAAAAGUUUUAAAAGAACUUAUAAAAUUGAAUGAUAUUUUAAAAUUAAGGCUUGACAUUGAGGAAAACAAGUUUUAUGUGUGUUCCUUAAUGGGGAAUUUCCCUAACUGCUAUUUGGUUUGCCUGACAGCAACAUUUUAUAUCUUGGUAAUUUUAGUUUUGAGAAUGAAAUGAAUUUUAUAUUUGAUACAAGAGUUUUAAAAUUUGAUAUGGAGCUUUUAUUUAUUUAUUAAACAGAAAAUCAAACAGGUGACUUAGAAAUAUUCAACAAAGAAAAAAGUGCUGGCAAAUAUUUAGGAAAAAAAAAGUGUUUAGUGUAAAGUACAUAGUGGGGCUGAGCUGUCUACAUUAUAAUACAUCUCUGUUUCUCAUGUUUUGUUGUGUACAUCAAACAGAUAUAUGCUUGUUUUUUUUUGUCAUUGGUUUCUCUUAUACACACGGUGUAGAAAUGCACUAUCUCUAUUAACAUACACUUUAUUUAUAAGCCCAGUUUUCCCCCCUCUUUUUUUACCCUUGUUUCUUUCCUAUGCCUUUUCUUCCAAUACAUUCAUGCAAUCAGUUGUUUGUUUGUUUUUGUGAUGCUUAUUUCAUUUUAUCUUGACUAUUUUAAAGAACUGUUUUAAGUUGGUCAGUGCAAACCACUACGUAUUGUUGUACACACAUGUUGACUUGGCUCAUUGAGAGGCCAAAAAAAAACAAACUAACUAACAAUAGAACCAAAGCACAAUAUUAGAUGUACAUUACUGGUAUUUUGUUCUUGUUAUUUCUAUUGAUUGUUGAAAGAUAGUGUGACUGUAUCACAGGCAGGACAUGGUACCUCUCACUGAAAUCUGUAUACUUAAGAUAAAACACUAUAGUACAUAAGUAAAUAUGAAUGUUUUUGUAGCAUUAUAACUGUUGGUUACUUUGUUACAUCUGAGAAAAUUCACUAUUGUGAUAGGGUUAUGGUAAAUUAAAAUGUAUCUCACUGUAGUAUUACUACACGCUGUAAACUGACUGAAACACUCAACAGCUGAUUAAGCCUUUUCUUUUUUUCAUAGUGAAGUUUAAUACAUUUUCAAGUCAGCUAAAUUGACAUACAAGAAAUGUACACGUUUUUGUGAUGAAAUAAAUUUAUCUAAACUAUUCUUGGACCAUUUAUUUACAUUUUCCCAUGUCUUGUUGAACAUAGAUAUAUUCUUUUGAAAAUAUUGACUAUCACAACUAAACAACUUGUAUAUAGCUUGAACCUGUGUUCAGUCUGGGUUUUUUUUUUUUUUUUGGUUACUGGUUUCAAAUAUUCAUUUUAUUUAAACACAAAACAUCGUAAGUCUUGUUUAUUAAUUUGACCUGAUCUUUGAGUAGUAUUAGAAAAAAAAUCUGGUACAUGCUGCUAAAGGCUUGAAUGUUCAUUAAAAAAAACAAGAUUUCUGUGUCUGUGUGUCUUCCAUAAUUAGGACUAUGUAUGUUCACUGAAGUAGCCAAAUUCGUAUGUUUCUGUGUAUGUCUUCCCAUGGUACUCACUAUGAUCAUUCAAAUUGGAGGAUGUAAUUAGGGUUUUCUAACAGUACCUUUAAUAGACUUCUGGCUGUAUGUUUACACUGCUCAGUAUGAAUCCAAUAUUCUCCAAUACAUGAUGAUUUUUACAUUUCAAUUUGCAAUGUUUAUGUAUAAUAUAUAGAAUCUAUAUGCAUAUGAUAAUGUCAUAUUAUUUUUAGUUUCUGACCCCCAUAUCCUGGUUGUGAGUAAGUAUCUGUCCUCUGACUCAGCACGAUUCUGAUACCGAGAUUUCUAGUUCACACCAAACAGUGAUAAAGCUUGUUGAUUUUGUUAUGGCAUCUAGGCCCGAGAAACCUGAAGUGUCCCAAAUGUCUCCACUGAGUGGAACCAAAACAUUCUUGAUUGUCAACUCAGUAGACAUGGACAAAAUGAAACCUAUGUAUGCAGAUCUCAUAAUGUUUUUACCCCAAAAUCUAAGCUUUCUGUCUCACCCGCGCAGUGCUUAAAAAACAACUCAUAAUUUGCUCAUAAAUACAUUUGAACUAUUUAAUUUUGCUCACAAUUAUUUUCAUUUUUUUGGUUAUAUUUUUGUCUUGAUCAUUUGGUGAAACCCAUGCCUCUACUUACAGUUACAUUUGGAUGUUUUUUUGUUUGUUUGUCAACUUUUUUUUUUUUUAAGUUGUUAAUGUUAUUGUUAAGGGUUUUCUCUUGAACUACUGAAAUGUCUACAUGAACUGGUGGUGGGUUGAAGUUCACAAUAAAUGUUAGAAAAUGUGUUCUUUUGAAUGAAAGGUGUACUGGUUUGUUUUUUUUUAACUUUUUUUUAGUUAGAUUAGAGCAAUUUUCAUUGUAUUUAGUGAAUAGAUCUAUACACGUAUAACCUACAUUUCAAUAACGUUUGUAUUAUAUUUUGUGUGAGUUACAACAUUUAAUGCAUUGUCUUUCAUGAUGCAUUAGUUUUUAUUAUGAUUUCUUUUUUGGUCAAGUGUUCAUGUAUUUUUAUGUCACCAGUGCAUUGUUAAAGGUAUAAACUGUUACUUGAUCACUUAAAGAUUUGAACAGGACAAAGUUGUGCACAGCAAAAUACAGCGUCUCUGAAGAUGAUUAUUUAAGAACCUACAAAAUCAUUUACUUCUUAUUUUAAAUGCUUUUAUUUUAUGCUAUGAAAGAUUUUUUUUGUUUACCAAUAGUUUCUUAUCACAUGGUGGUGGCUAUUUGGUGCAGGGCUUUUUAAGUCAAUUUAUUUUACAGAUAUUCCAAGAAAGUGUGCUGGGUAAUGUCUGUAAUGAAAGCUUUGGAUAAAUGGUUGUAUGAUAGUUGUUACGGAAUGGUUUCUGUCCUAUGAAAUAUUCACACUUCUCCCCUCCACUGUAAUUGCCAUGUCUCUUUCCAUUAUGUUAUGUGAUGUUGUCUUUGUGCAAUGCAAAAAAAAACAACUUGUCCUCCUUAGAUGUAAAUGGUGACACAUUUGUAUUCUGAACAGACUUGUUGAAAUCACCAGAACUGCAAUUUACUCAAAUUUCUAUGAUAUAACUUGAGAAAGAGAUGAUUUUAAAAAUGUUUAUUUUAUGAAGCAUUUUGUUUUUUGUCUGUAGAUAAAUAAAAUGAAUGUACCAAA